AUGGUAUCUGGAGUCUUCGUUUUCUGCGCUUUUGCCUCCUUGGUCCAGAGUAUUGCUGGACAGAACUGCGGGUGCAGCUGCCAAUCGAUCAGUAUUCCCAGCAGCGGCGGCGCCCUGAACAUACAGGCUAUCGGGCCCAUCGUGCCGUCCGGCAUCGCCGUCGCCACGGAGCUGGGCCUGUCCGGCGACCUGGACCUGUCCGGCGCGCUGCCGUACCUGAGCGCGGUGGCGUUCGAGGGCCAGUUCGACACCAGCGGUGUAGCACCUGUGGCGUACGGCUGCGGGGACUGCGUCGCCAUCACGCAGGAGAUCGGCAACCCGAGCGGCGCUAACGCCUACCUCCAGCCUGGCUCCGCCAAAAUUAUAAGCUGUGGUUGUAACACCAGCGGCUCGGCGCCGGUGAGCUACGGCUACGGGGACUGCAUCACCAUCACCCAGCAGAUAGAUGGUUUCAGGAACUGUGGAAGCGAACUUCUUCAUAUUAGAAAUAUUAAACUCCAAGCAUAG